UCUUCCAACAAGUUUUCAUUCAGUUACCGUUUGACACUGGCUGAUUGAAGUCUGUAGUACGCAAGUGCAUCAUGAAGUCUCUGACAGAAUAUCAACCGCCACGCUAUCCCACCAAUUUGUUACAAAAAGAUUGGAGUAAACGUAAAUUACACUACCGAUCGGAACGACUAGAUUACAUUAGAAAGGUGCAUAAUGUUGAGGUAUUUCCGGAUGAUGUUUGGUUGGUGACCUUACCAAAAUGUGGUACCACUUGGAUGCAGGAACUUUUGUGGCUGGUAAUGAAUGAUUUUGACUUUGAAACUGCGAAAAGUGAACAUUUGGAAGUGAGAUCGCCAUACAUGGAAUUCGAUUAUAUGAUCAACAAUGAUUUGGAGAACUGCUUCAAGCCCAUCGAACAAUUGAAGAGACCUCGUUUGAUAAAAACUCAUUUGAGUUUACCCCUCUUGCCGCAACAGAUAUGGGACAAGAAACCAAAGGUCGUUUAUGUUGCUCGCAAUAUAAAAGACGCCACUGUCUCGGAAUAUUACCAUGCACGUAAUGUAGGUGCUGCAGUGGACAAGUCAUUGGAUGAAUAUGUACGGGAAGAAAUUGAGGGCACACAACUGCAUGACCCAUUCCUGCACAUUACAGAAUUUUAUGCAUUGCGUCACGAACCUUGGCUGUUCUACACCAGUUUUGAGCGUAUGAAACUCGAUUUGCGUCAGGUCAUUACUGAUGUGUGUAAUUUCUUGGGUAAGAGCAUCGAUGAGGAAACCAUGGAGAAAAUGCUUAAGCAUUUGUCAUUUGAGGAAAUGAAAAAGAAUCCAAAGACAAAUCAUAUCUGGGAAUUUAAUCAAGUGCGAGCAAAACAUGGAGUCAGUCAAACGCCACAAGAGUUUAAUUUUAUACGAAAAGGCCAGAUGAAUGCUUAUCGAGAGGAAUUGUCGCCCGAAAUGAUUAACAAAAUUGAUAUGUGGGUGGAGGAGAAUUUGAAGGAUUUAAAUGUCUCAUUGAAUGAAUUAUUAUUACUCAAUAGUGGACAAAAAUAAAUGUGGUGAUAUUUAAAACAAGUAAAA